AUGGUCAGCACUUGCACAUCUUUCCACGGUGCAAAGCCGACAAACAUGCUUGACCUCGGUUCAGAUCACAGGGCGGUGCAGGUGUGCCCUCAAGCUCCGGCGUUGUCUGGGCGGGGGAGUCGACGGAAGCGCCGGCUGACGCACAAAGACAUCGAUUGGGAGAUGUAUGCCACCAAGGUGCCCCAGAAGAUCACUGCUCAGGAGUUCCCUCCGGCAUUUCUGGGCGACGUGGAGCGCAUCGCUCUGCUUGCAGCUGGAGAGUCGCAGCGGCCCCGGUUGCCCGCCCAGCAGAGCAACGGGAGCAGCCAUCUGGACCGUCUGCGAAGAAGGAGGAGAUGCAUGACCAACCCGGCCGAGAGACGAGAUAUCUCAAAGGAGAUCUGGAGGCUGAGCCGGAAAGAGUCUCGUGCACGACAGACAGCCAGAACAACUGAGGUAAUCGCUAGCUUCAGUGAUCUUCGUCGCCUGGACGCGCUGCGCAGAUUCCCUAUCGCAAGAUCUUCGCAACAGGGUCCAGAUUUUCGCAAAUGUGCCGACCUGUUGUCGGAGAUAUACACGUUCAGCGUGCCGCCCGACGCGGGUGAGCAUGGCGAGGACCAGGUGCCAGCCGUUACUGUCGAAGAAAUUGUGAAGGCUGUCAAAGCGAUGAGACGACGCAGAGCUGCUGACACGAAGGGCGUGUUGCUGGAGAUGUUUAUCUUUGGCGGAGACGAUAUGUUGCACUACUUGUCUGACAUGUUCAAUGCAAUUUUGCAGAGCGGUUGUGUUCCGGCUGACUGGCGAGAGACCUUCCUCAAACUUUUGCACGGGGGCGGGGGCGCCGCAGACCCGAACAAUUGGAGGCCGAUCGCGAUUCUCAGCGUCUUUUACAAGAUCCUUGCUCGAGUGGUCUUCCACGGGAUGCGUGGCGUUCUAGAUUGGCAACAGUCUGAAGGGCAGUCUGGUUUUCAACGAGACCGGUCGACUGCUGGCGCUCUGAUUGUUGCCGAAAGCCUCGCGAGCAAGAGCCUCGAGUUCAACGAAGACCUGUGGCUGGUCAGCGUAGAUCUGCGCAAAGCAUUUGACAGGGUUGAACAGCCGGCGCUGUUCCGCGCUCUCCAAGCGCAGGGCAGUGUGGAAGGGGCUGUGGACAUGCUAGACAUGCUCACGCAGACGCUUCGCAAUUAUGGUCUGGGGCUCAACGUGAACAAAAAGAAGAUGUUGUCGACGACGGUCACGGAGAAUGACACUGUUCUGAUCGAAACUGCCGAUGGGUUGAUGGAGCUUGUGGCUGCUAGCAGAACCCACAAAUACCUCGGGAGGGCGUGGCCGGGCAACCCCGACAACGCGGACAGGCACGUCAACGUCAAGCUGCGUCUGGAGCUCAUCAACGCGACCGUUACACCUUCGUUGGUAUACGGGCUGGAAACUUGUGCGCUGGAUCAGAAGCAGCUGGACCACCUAGACAUUACGCAGAGGAAAAUGCUCCGGCGAAUCGUCGGCCGGGUGUUCGACGAUUGCGAUUCGUGGGAAGAUGCUGGCCGCAGAAUGAAGCAGAGGCUCGAAUCUGCCAGGCGCCUGCGCUACAUUGCAGAUUGGUCUUCGAUUGUAUCAAAGCGCAAGAAGCAUUUACUGAGUCGUGCGAGCCAGUGCCUGCGCCGUGUCGUUCUGGCUUCGCCAAUGCACGUCCUGUAA